AUGGAGUGGGAGCGGGGGUUGUGGGGUUCCGCGAUGAGCGGCGACGUGGCCAAGUGCGAGCGCCUGCUGGCCAAGGGAGGUGUUGCCGCUGAUGACCGGGACUCGUCGGGCUAUGCCGCCCUGCACUACGCGGCACGUGCGGGCAAGCUUGAGGUGUGUCGGCUGCUGGUCGGACGCCACCACGCCGACGUCAACGCCACAACGUGCAAGGGGCUCGCCACACCACUGCAUCGCGCUGCCUACAUGGGCCACGACGAUAUCUGCACCUACCUCAUCGAGAAGGGCGCGAGGGUAUCAGAGCUAGACGAUGAUGGGAUGACGCCGUUGCACAAGGCCGUGCAGCAGGGACGAGAGGCCACCGUGCGCCUGCUGCUGCGACACGGCGCCGACCGAGAGGUCCGCGACAAGCACGACAAGCGACCACACGACUACGCCACCAGCCAAGCCACGCAGGCCGCCCUCAGUUGA